CCUUUUAGGUGUCAUCAGGACGCGCCAGACGCGGUUGCCGCGUCGCGCUUAAGAUUGCCCGGCUCGAGAAAAUGGCGGCCGAACAGCCGGUAUUAGUCCGGGGCCCCGGCCCCGAGUGUUGGACAGUGCCGUGGUCUUCGGCCCGAGGUUCAGUACGGGACUUCAUCCGCUCCCACUGCCGGCAUAGGGGUAUUCCAGUGGAUUGCUUUUAUGUAAAAUGUAAUGGACAGUUAAUUAAUACUGAAGAUGUGGUUCAAUAUGGAGCAGUUUAUAGUCUGGAACCCAGACUCUGUGGAGGAAAAGGAGGUUUUGGAUCUAUGCUUCGAGCACUUGGUGCUCAGAUUGAAAAGACAACUAAUCGAGAAGCAUGUCGAGAUCUCAGCGGAAGGAGACUUAGAGAUGUCAACCAUGAAAAGGCAAUGGCUGAAUGGGUAAAGCAGCAAGCUGAGCGAGAAGCAGAAAAGGAGCAGAGGCGCCUAGAGAGGCUGCAGCGGAAACUGGUAGAGCCCAAGCAUCAUUUUGCCAGUCCUGACUACCAGCAGCAGUGUCAUGAGAUGGCUGAGCGCUUGGAGGACUCAGUCCUCAAAGGUAUGCAGGCUGCCUCCAGCAAAAUGGUGUCACCUGAGAUUAGUGACAAUAGGAAACGACCUAAUGAACCUGAUAAAAGUGGUGGAAUCAAAUCAAGGAAAAGGAAAUGCUUCUGGAUGGGCAUGGAAGGCUUGGAGGAUGCUGGAAGUUCAGAUGAUGGGGACAGUGAAGAAGUCCCCAGCACUUCAGGAAUGAGCUUCCAUUCACCCAAUGGCUAUACUGAGAAUGCUGACAAAGCAGAAGAAUUUUCCAUGAGUUGUAAGGAUUCCUUAGGUGUGAGUGUAUCAGAAAAGCUACAGGUGCCCACCAACCUCUCUGACACUGUUGCCCCAGCUGAAGUGUGUGGGGAUGGGAGCAGGAUGCCCACCGAAGAGAUGGAAGUAAAAAGAGAAAUGAAUGUAGAGAAGAAACCAUUUGUAGCAGAGAGGGAAGGAGAAACAAAUACAGCACAGGACAACAGAGGAGAAGGAAACAAAAGAGCAAGUGAAGAAGACCCAGAAAGAAUGCCGCUUGAUAAACUCGAGGGAAGCCCAACAGGAAACAAAGAUGAUGUUCAGGAACCCAUAAACCUUCUGGCAUUCAGCUCAGUUGAAGAAAUGGAAAUGUUGGGUUUGGAUAAACUUAAAUUGGAAUUAAUAGCACUCGGACUUAAGUGUGGAGGCACUUUACAGGAAAGAGCAGCAAGACUCUUCUCUGUCAGAGGACUAGCAAAGGAACAGAUAGACCCUAGCUUAUUUGCCAAACCCGCUAAAGGGAAGAAGAAAAAAAUCCCAUAGACACUCAUUUCUUUUUUAUACCUGAAGGUUUUUUCUCUGAAAAUGGUAACCUCUGUCGCUGUUUCUGCAAUUAUUUUUGUUUGAUUAAAACUGAACUUCUAGUGGUUUUGAAAUUGACAUUGAAAGAGGCAUAAUUCUAAAUUACAAUAAAAAUGUUUUAUAAUUGAUGAAGAAUUUUGUUGUAAAUGACAUUACAGGUUAUGCUUUUAAAUCCUCAAAAAUAGAAAGUUGCUUUAUUUAAAAUGUGGAUAUUAUGAAAAAUAUAGAAAUAAAAUUAUUUUAUUAGAAAAUAAAGACAGUGAGAUGGGCUAGAAAUGGUCAAAAUGCCAAGUCAAAUCAACAGUCAUUUAUUAAGCUCCUGCUAUAUGCCAGGCACUGUGCUCCGUGGUAGAAAUACAAAGGUAAAAAAUGUUCUAAAUUGUCACUCAGAAGACGAUCUUUUUCCCCAAAUAAUUUUUCACAUUUUUAUUUUGUUUUGAGUUCCAAAUUUUAUCUCUUUUCCCUGAGAUCAGUUGUACAUCUGCAAUUACAUAAAACAUUUUCAUAUUUUGUAUAAGAUUCAAAAAAAGAAAAAACAUGAAAGUGCUUCACUCUGUAUUCAAACAAUAUCAGUUUUCUCUCUCUGGAGGCAGACAUUGUAUUAUCAUUAGUCCUUUGGGAUUGCCUUAGAUCAUUGUAUUGCAAAGAAUAGCUAAGUCAUUCACAGUUGAUUAUCACACAGUGUUGCACAAUGUUCUUUUUGUUCUGUUCAUUUUACCGUGCACUAGUUCAUAUAAGUCUUUCCAAGUUUUUCUGAAAUCAUCCUGCUUGUCAUUUCUUAUAGCACAAUAAUAUUCCAGUACAAUCUUAGUUUGUUUAGCCAUUCCACAAUUGAUGGGCAUCGCUUCAAUUUCCUGUUCUAAUCCACCACAAAAAACAAAGAAUUGCUAUAAAUAUGUACAAUUUUUUUUUUUUAAUGUCUUUAGGGUAGGCACAAUUUUAUAACCCUUUAGGUACUAAAUUGCUCUCCAAAAUGGUUGAAUCUGUUCACAACUUUACCAACAGAAAGAACAUAGAUGUUACAGUUUUCCCACAACCCCUCCAACUUCCAACAUUUUCCUUUUUUGUCUUAUUAGUCAAUCGUCUGAUAGGUAUGAGAUGGUACCUCAAAAUUGUUUUAAUUUGCAUUUCUCUAAUCUCAAGUGAUUGAGAUUAUUUUUUCAUAUGAUUAUAUGAGUUGAUUUAUUCAUCUGAAAACUGCCUGUUCAUAUCUUUUUAACCAUUUAUCAAUUGGGUAAUGACUUGUAUUUUUAUAAAUUUGUAUUAGUUCUCUAUAUAUUUGAGAAAUUAAGUCUAUCAGAGAUAUUUGUUGCAAAAAUUGUUUCCUUAUGUGCUUGUGUUGUUAUUUGUGCAAAAACUUUUUAUAAAAUAAUUAUCUAUUUUA